CCUUCCUUGCAGGCACAGUGCAGUACUAUCGAUUGAAGACUCUUUCUUUCUUUGAUUUUCUUUUUUAUUGUCUUUACAUUGUACUCUCACAGCCUCCACCUUAUAUAGAGGAAGCUACAAACAUUAGUCAUUCACAACUAAAAUCUCAAUUUCUUUUAUCUCCAUAUAGAGUAUAGAACGCCUUCUUCCACUGAUUUAAAGCUUCCUAUACAUAGAAUUUGCAGAUGGCCUCACACAUUCUCUUGUACGGACUUCUAGCUUUGUUUUUCACUGCUGCAUUGGCAUCAGAUCCAAGCCCUCUCCAAGAUUUCUGUGUCGCAGAUACAAACAGUCAAGUGCUCCUGAAUGGUUUGGCUUGCAAGGAUCCUAAGAUGGUUGAUGCCAAUGACUUUUCAAGCAGUGGACUUCAUAUAGCAGGCAACACAUCAAACCCCGCAGGGUCAAUGGUGACCCCAAUGACCGCUGCACAAAUCCCAGGACUCAACUCUCUUGGCAUUUCUCUUGUUCGUAUUGACUAUGCACCAGGGGGUAUUAACCCUCCCCACACUCACCCUCGUGCCACUGAAAUCUUAACUGUCUUGGAAGGUAGCCUUGAAGUUGGGUUUGUCACAUCGAAUCCUCAGAACCGCCUUAUCACAAAGGUGCUACAGAAGGGUGAUGUGUUUGUAUUCCCAAUUGGUCUCAUUCACUAUCAAAGAAAUUUUGGUAAUGGAAGUGCCAUUGCCAUUGCUGCUCUAAGCAGUCAAAACCCUGGUGUUAUCACAGUUGCCAAUACAGUGUUUGGGUCCAAGCCUCACAUUCCUAGUGACGUUUUAUCGAAGGCCUUCCAAGUGGAUAACAAUGUUAUCAACUAUAUCAAGUCUAAGUUCUAGACAAACUAUGAUUAUUCCAUUAAUUAUGACAAGAGCCUACUGCUCUUACCGUUUUCUGUAUGAGUGUGUCAAUUUGUAUCAUAGCCGGCCUCAUUGGAAGUUUGUGUGCAUUGUUUUGCUGUUCUGUUACAUUUGUAAUUUUAUUAUUAUGAUUCGUUUUGUUUCUUUAAUAAAAUGCAUUUUUUAUAUA